CAUCACAAUGAACCUGACCUCCCAGCUCCUGGAUCUUAUGCUGGAAGCCUCCAACCUCUCCCGCUGGAAGUUCAUACAGGAAUAUUCCAUCCCUCCUUUGGUGGCAGUUCCCAGACUCCCAAGCGCCCUUCUUCCCGUCUUUGGUCUUCUCUAUGUGCUCAUCUUUGGGCUUGCAGUUAUGGGCAACGGAUCUGUGCUGGUUCUUCUAUGUCGCAGGAAGGCUCUGCAGUCCCCCAGCACUUUCUUCAUUUGCUCUCUGGCGCUCAGUGACCUUCUCAUCUCCAUUGUAUGUGUUCCUGCAACACUAUUACAGCACUUCUUCAGCAAUUGGUUAGCAGGGGAUUUUCUGUGUAAGCUAAUACCAUUCCUCCAGGUGACCGCCAUUGCGACCAGCAUGCUCACCAUGACAUGCAUUGCUGUAGAGCGUUUCCAGGGAAUCCUUUAUCCCCUGCACGUCCGCAACAGCUACUUCCUUUUCCAUGCCUUUAAGAUGCUGGUCACCGUGUGGAUGGCUGCCCUGAUAAUUGCGGCUCCCUUGUGGUUUGUCCAGAAAGUGGAGGUGAAAUAUGACUUCCUGUUCGAUGUCCACCACACCUGUUGUUUGGAAGUCUGGCCAAGCCGGCAGCAGAGAAGAGCUUACACUACUUGCCUAUCCGUUCUGGUUUUCCUGGCUCCAUUGGCGACAAUGGCCAUCCUGUACUGGAAGAUUAUGAAAGAGCUUUGGGGAAAGCACAAAGUGCAUGACGUCAUGUUCCAAACACUCCCAGGAUCUGAAAUCAACAAGAUUACAAGGAGAAAAAAACGUGCUAUAAGGAUGAUGGCCACCGUGGUGCUGCUCUUUGCUUCCUGCUGGGCACCUUUCCAUCUGGUCUCCCUGCUGCUCGACUAUGGUCAGCUAGAUCUUGAUCUUGAUUCUGAGUUUCUUCUGGUCAGUGUGGUUCAGAUCCUUGGAUUUAGUAACUCGGUAUGCAACCCGCUGGUCUACGCCGCCCUCAACACGACCUUCAAGAGGGACCUGCUGGCUCUGCUCACCCACGGACGGAAACCUGGUGGAGGUUGUUGUUUCAGCAGCACAGGCUCUUGCUGGUUCCGGAGGAGACACAAACGAGUCGGUGUCUCAGCAGUGGAGUCGGUAGAACCCAGACGGGGUCUGGAAAGGACAUGUAGACAAGGAGGUAUCAGGUCAUGGAGUAAACUGGCAUGGGAACCUGAAGCAGAAAAACCAACGUCCAAUGCGUUCCACCCUGUGAACCUGCUUACUGCCAUCAGGUCCAAUAAGAGCACCAGUACCAUGGUUUUAAGCAUCAUUGACCCUCCACACACAGACAGCACAUCUGGGUCUGACCAGCCUGUAUCAGGACUAGUGGCUGAGUGA